GAGAAGUUCAUAAAAUCCAGACUAUAUAAAUUCUAUCAAAAUUAAUUACUAAAAUCUUGACACAGAUCAACGACUCAACGAUUCAGAUGUAUUGUAUCUCGGAUACAAUGUAAAACUACAUCCAAUGUACGCUCUUCCGAAAAAUCACAAUCAUCGCAAAUUACAAACUCGAGCUCCCAUUCAUCAUUUUUACAAGCUUCGCCUAUUAAUGAAGAUAGGAAUGGAGAUGAUUUCGGUGCUUCAUGUGAAACAGAUGCUGAGGAACAUAUGCCGCGUACUAUUAUUGCUCCAAGAGAGAAAACUCGAGAUGGCUUGAUACAUGCCCAUGGUCGGUCAGACAAUGAAUAUCCGCAUAACAGCCCUAUAAUAAAAGGGAAAAAUCGAAUUAAUUCGACACAUAAUCGGUAUGACACCAUCAAUCCACCAUUGACGCCAUCGAUCGGCUCGAGACAUAAUGGCAAUGAUGCGGGAAAAAUUGGCCGAGCUACUAAGAAUAAGUAUACGUACAGAGAAAUUGAAAAGGAAAAGGAAAAUUUUAAUAAUCAAUUUUCACACGCAGAAGGUCCAAUUGUUGAUCAUUUAAAAAAAUUAACGAGGGAAGUAGCAUCAGUAAAAUAUGAUGUGAGGCAAAUACUGACCUUAGUAGACAUCAUAGUGGACAAAAUUAAUAAAGACACAGAAUGUGAGAGAACACAAAUUUCCUUUGAGGGCGCUGAAAACCGGUUUCCCUUGCAAACCGUGGCUCAGUUAGCGGAAGUUGAGGAGAUCUUGAAAGCGUCAAAUUCCCAACAUAACACUGAAAUACGCGGAUAUAUCAAAUCCAUCGGAGGGACAAGUGUCGAUGAUGCCGUAAAGAGAACAUUGUAUAAAGUAUUCUCCAAUAAAUUGGCGGAGAGAUAUAACUGGGAAGGCCGACGCGGAAAGGAACCACUGCAGAAACUGGAAGUGAUGAAAGUUAUUUUCAGAUCCAUACUUCACAAUAUCCCGGAUUCCGACCAGAGAAAAAUACAACGACGAGUUAUGGAGUGGUUCCGACAUUCCAAGGCGAGGCAUGAAAAUGAGGAGAAGCGGAUGAAUAAACGCGAAGCAAUGUAGCGAGAUUGCAGAGACUGGACCGAUGAAGACCGAUGAAGCCAGUGAUAUGCGCGGACGAAGCCUCUCCCUGUUAGAAUUGUUCCAGGACCUCAAUUGUUAAAAUCGAAAAAUUUUCCUAUGCGAAAGACGCUACGCGAUUCUUCAGAUUGGUAUAUAUUUUUAAAUUUAAAAGUAUAUACCAAUCACACACACA